AUGUCCGCACUGUACAGAGACCGUCAAGAAUGGGCGGACAUUACACCUAUCAGCCAACAUGAACCAGACGAGAAUCCUAUUGCACCUAUAUUCUACUCGGAAACCUACAAAGAUGCCACAGACUAUUUCCGCGGAGUCGUCAGAGCACAGGAGAUGAGCGAACGUGUGCUUACCCUAACGGAGAGUAUCAUCCGUAUGAAUCCGGCACACUACUCAGCAUGGCAGUAUCGAUACGGGACACUUAUCGCAAUCAAUGCACCCCUUGAUGAUGAGCUUGAGCUCAUGGAUGAACUUGCGGAAAAAUAUCUUAAGAAUUAUCAAGUCUGGCAUCAUCGACGUUUGCUCCUUCAGCGUGGCGCGCUGACUAAAACUCCGGCUGCUGAGCUCGCUUUCAUUGCACGAGGACUCUCACAUGAUGCGAAGAACUACCAUACAUGGUCUUAUCGUCAAUGGGUUUUGGCUUAUUUUAACCAAGACAAAUUGUGGGGAGGCGAAUUACGCUACAUCGAGAAUAUGCUGGAGGAUGACGUGCGGAAUAACUCUGCUUGGCAUCACCGAUUCUUCGUCGUCUUUUCCAGCGGUGUUAGAAAAGGAGAAGAAGAUAGAGAAGAGGUAGUGCGUCGAGAGCUGACAUUCACGAAGGAUAAGAUUGCACUAGCACCGAAUAAUGCUUCGGCGUGGAACUAUCUACGUGGUGUCCUGGAGCAUUCCGGAACACCAUUUUCAUUGUUGACUGGAUUUGUUCUUCCUUAUACCGUUUCUGUGCAAUCGUCAGAUGGAAGAGAAGAUGAAAAGAUCCUCGAUCUGGAGAAUCCUAGACCGUCACCUGGGGCUGAUUUGCCCUGUCCUGCUGCAAUCGAGUUUCUCGCCGACAUCUACGAAGCCUCUGGGGGCGAAGAAAUAUCAAAGGCGAUUGAGCUCUGGAAAUCACUAGCGAAUGACCAUGACACUAUUCGGAAGAAAUACUGGGAACAUCGUAUCCUCGAAGUGCCGGUAUCUAGCUACAGUUGACCCUAUUACUGUACCAGUCAAUAAAUU